AUGGUGCUGUAGUUCGUAGUUCAUACUGGGAUUUAUAGUUAAUAAUAUUCCGUUUAUAAUAUGGGAUUUAUAGCUCAUUCCGUUUUGAGUCACUCCAUCGGAAAAUUUGUUUUGCUGAAAUGGGGAGUAAAAGGUUUUUAGCUUAUUUGUUGGACAAGAAACGGUAUUCGUCGUAUCCAGAAAUUUUAUUGGAAUCCGCUUUGGUGUUGGGGUUGGUCUGUGAAAUCUGUUUGAAGUUUGGAUUGCAAGUUCUGCCAGAAUGGCGAGCCAGUCGCUUGGACCCGAAUAAAUACAACCCUUUCGAUUCCCUGAUCGAAUUGUCUGGAGUGAAGGCUGAUGCAUGUUUCUGGGAAGACGCUCUGUCGGGAUGGACACAACCGCCCCCGAUCACCGAUGCCCGUCUGGUAUCCAGUGGCUCGGUGGGACUCUUUCCGCUGCUUCGACCAGAAUCCUGGGUUACGUAGGUACCCGUGCGGCCAUGAUUCUUGCGGCGAUCUUAAGCGUAUCCCUAGUAUUCCUCGUUGCCGUCAACCGCGGCUAUGCGUGUCCCGUGCAGCAGGACCAACUGCCCUGUUGUCGAAGACUGGCGGUCCAAAUGCACAAGUACAUUCCGUAUGUCGCCAAAAUCCAUCUUCCCGAACCCAUAGUGAUCAUCCUGCAUGCGGUGAUCGGCAUCGUCAGCUUCAUCAUUUACUAUAGUGGCUGGAUAAUCUGCGGUGCUCUCCCGAUGUUGAUUUUGGCAUGGCUGUGUGUUAUAUCGGCCAUAGCUUUCUUCGGUCCUUCCGCGGUAUUCCCCAGCUGUAUCCUUUUCGCUGGCAUACUGGCCGUUUAUUGCACCGGCCGAAUUUGGGGAUUAUGGAUGAAUGAGACCUAUUCUGCACUGAUUAAAAAAGCAAUCAGAAAACUAAAACCAUGGUCGGGAGAGCUGGGAAAGUGCAGCUUGCUGCAUAACAGCCUUUUUCUUCGGAUGCUGUGCCGUCUUCGCCAACGUCUGGUCGUUGUUUCAGCUAUUUCCCUCCGUCAAUUAUUGGCUACACAUCCAAUAUAAAGCAAUACAACACACCGAGACUGGUAGUGGCAACUGGACGUAUUGGCACGUUGCCAAUAUAACGGAGAACUGUACAAAACCCGUAACAAAUUUCGGCCAGAGAGUUGCGAUGCUGUCAUACUGGGUGGAUCUGGAAUCGGAAGAAUUGCGUGCUUCUCCAAGCGGUAAUUCGGAGCUACUGCUCAGCUUCACCCCGGCCUUCUCACCGGCCGUCGGUAGGGCGUUCCUGGUGUGGAGUGGAGUGCUGUCCGGCGUCAACGGUGUUCCAUUUGCGGCCUUGCUGGGCGCGGAAUUCAUUAUCAUUGGCAUUGGCGUGGUGGGUGCCUGUGGACUCCUCAUUUACGUCGGUGUUCGUGCCUUCUAUAACAAAUGCCGCCGAUAUGGCCCGACUGAACGAAGCAAAAUGACCGGUUGCAGGAAACAACCACAGCUGUCGAAUGCGGACGCUGCGGCGGUAGAGACCGGUAUUUUGGGCAGCACGUCAUCAGUUCGUUCGCACCUAUCAUCAAACGUGGCGGCCGAUGGAACUCGUGUCAGAACUGCCCAUUAUCGUUCCCUGGGGAACAUCGUCGACAACCAAGAAUUCGCGAAAGCAACGGACAAUCACGGUGUGCAAGUGUCUAUCGAACGCACAAUCAACGCACCGAUGCCGAAAGACGCAGAAAUCUCUUGCAUGUGUGUUGUAUGGGGCUAUAGGAAUUUACUUCCGCUGGUAGCCAUUUACCCUUUACUCUGCGGCCGCUUCCUGCCGUAUCCCCUGGUGGGGCUGUUCCUGCCCGAACGCCUGCAGCUACCCGGUCUCCUGUUGCUGCUGACGGCGUACAGUAUCUGGAUGUACCGCAAGUUGGUGGGGUGUGUAUGGCUGAUGUGGUGUGGUGGAGAAUCCGGAAAAAAGGAAAGGAAAGACCCUCGCGCUGGUGGAAACAGCAGCAUGCGUCAACCCAGCCCAAAGGCCCAGGAAGAGUCUCUCCUGAAAAUAGUUUAGUUGGUUUCCGACUGUCCAGCUUCCAUUAGGUUACCGGCACCGGGCACGAUGAUUACUGAAGAUUUUACUUCUUUGGUGUGUAGCCUGUAUCAGUGAAGUUUUUCGUCCACUUCUGGCAUACAGAUGCGGUGUUUAUCAACGAAUUCCUUCGGCGAUUCCUAGCAUACUAUAUACUGUAAGUAAAUCUGUUAAGCAGGAAGAUACAUAACUAAGAAGAACACAAAACCUUUUCUUGGGUUUUGGCCGCGAUUUCCAUUCAUUCAAAUACGUUAGAUAAUUCAAUCUGUUGGGCGAGUUUGUACCCAUUACAUUACUGUAUUUGAAGCAUCCUUGCCUAAAUUGUUUCCACCAUGUCCCUCUUCCCUAAGGUACUUGGACUGUGCAGCGUACACUGUACGCAUAAUGCCAUGUAUUUUGGUCUGCUCAGUUUCUUUUGGAGCUUCGCGGUGGGCUAUGUUCCUACAGUACAAGUAUUUUGUUGUUGCUGUUAUUAUUAGUUGUUAUUUUGUUGUUGUAUCAGCUUAACCUAUCAGCUUAAUGUAUCAGCUUAAUGUAUCAGAUUAAUGUAUCAGCUUAAUGCAUCAGCUUAACGUAUCAGCUUAUUUUGCUGUUGUUGUUAUUAUUAUUAUUUGUUGUUUUUGUUAUUUUGUUGUUGUA